AUGUUUCUUAUUGCAUCGUACGUGCCGGCCUUCAACAAGAUCAAUAUGUACUUUACGCCGAGCCAAUGGAAAUGUAGUCGACGGUCGCUGAUGGAGAACCAAAGGAUUCACCUAUCUACCAUGAUGUUUGAGAUCUUUACUAUCUUCGUCCCGCUCGUUCAGCUCGUCCGUCUCCGCAUCCAGGCCAAACAUGUAACAGAUGCGAACGCAAAAUGGGACACAUGUUCGCAAAUGAAUCCCAGAUCAUCGAACGUGGUAUCAUUUCACGGCCCCAAGAGCGUUGUGUCUUCCAGCCAGGCAGAAAAGAGCCAGCCAACCGUCUACCAUGUGGACUCUUCAGAUUUAAGCUCUGAGCCAGAUAGUCGUUUGCUGACAAUGGCUGCCCUUAACCACGCUCUCAGGGAGAACCAGAGUGCAAUUCAAGAGUUCUCAGCUCUCAGUGACUUUUCCGGAGAGAAUAUUGCAUUCCUGGCUCGCGUUUCUGAGUGGAAGUCUCGAUCAUGGCCGAGUGCACUGUCUGAUUCUGAGUCCCGAGACGUUUUAGGCGAGGAGGAAAGGCUAGACGCAUACAAUCAUGCUCUGGAGAUCUACGCCGACUUCAUCUCUCUUCAGCACGCCGAGUUUCCGUUAAACCUACCUUCGCAGGAAAUGAAGCACCUGUUUAAUGUUUUCGACAAGCCUGCCCGUGUUCUCUUCGGUGAGGAUUCAUCAGUCAACAUCGCUACACCAUUCGACGACGCAUACAUGCAGGAGCGCGAAGGUUCAAGGUCGGAAAGCAAUGGCAACAUUCGCAGCCAAGCCAAAUACACUGGCGAGAUUCCCGCAGUGUUUGAUUCUACCGUCUUCGACAGCGCGGAUGGUCACAUUAAGUAUCUUGUUUUGACGAACACUUGGCCCAAGUUCGUCAAGGAAAUGUACCAGCGAAGACGAUCGAGCGAGACCGGACGUAGCGUCAUGACCAACGAGUCCGAGGACUCACUCUUGAGCCGAGUUUCAAGCAGCGUUACGGCCCUUAUCCGCUCAGUCAAGGCCAUCUAG